AUGGGUUUUCAAAUUGAAUCACAGAUCGCCAGCUGUGGCGGAAAGCUUCUGAAGCUCAAGCAUGAAUCUACAACAACCGGCACUUCCAUGAACGUUAACGUCUAUUUGCCUCAACAAUACUACAACCAGCCUCAACAAUACUACAACCAGAAAGCUGAUAAGAUUCCAGCGGUCUACUAUCUAUCGGGACUAUCCUGCACUCCUCAAAACGCUUCAGAAAAAGCAUUUUGGCAACCGCAGGCCGAUAAAUAUGGGUUUGCAGUUGUGUUUCCAGACACUUCACCUCGUGGAGAAGAUGUUCCUGACGAUCCAGAAAACGGUUGGGACUUUGGUCUGUCCGCCGGAUUCUAUGUUGACGCCACUCAGGGCCCAUACGACAAAAACUACAGGAUGUACAGCUAUGUUCACGAUGAGCUCCCAAACAAGUUGGAGGAAUUUUUCAAAAGCACCGGUUCUGAAAAUGGCUCCACAGUAGACUUCCUAAACAACGUUGCAAUCACUGGACAUUCCAUGGGUGGAUUCGGAGCAAUCUCAGGAUACUUGAGACAAUAUGCAAGUCCGAGGAAAUAUAGAUCAUGCUCUGCUUUUGCACCCAUUGUCAAUCCAUCUCAAGUUCCAUGGGGUAUUAAAGCUUUUGGUAGUUACCUGGGCCAUGAAAGAGCUCAAUGGGAAAAGUAUGAUCCUUCCGACUUGGUCAAACUUGUAACGAAUAAUGGAAACGACAAGAUCUUGAUUCAUCAGGGAACGAAUGAUCCUUUUUACAAAGACCAACUGAAACCUCAAUUAUUACUUGAGGCCGCCAAGGGUACUUCGUGGGAAGAUAAGUUUGAUCUGAAUCUCGUCGAUGGUUUCGACCAUUCUUAUUACUUUGUGAGCAGCUUUGUUCCUCAACAUGCCGAAUUCCACGCCAAAAACUUAGGUCUUAUUUAA